CUGCAGGCAUCAGUGAUCCACCUCUACUAGAUACGGAAGCCCGUUAGACGAAAGCUUCUUCGAUUCCGUCCAGAACCAAUUGAACCAUUCGGACGAUUGACAGUGUGUAAAAAAUCAAUUCCUGCGCUAUUUUAGUAGCUAAUGUCACAUUGGAGGGUUUUACAAUGGAGGGCGUUUGCUAGAGAAUGGCUCAUUUAUGACUCUUUCAUGCAGUGCCCUAUGCUCUCGGCCGAAAGAAUUGCGAAGUAUUUGACGGGAAAGAAUAUCCGAUACUAUGACCCUAGUGCCGACUUUGGGAGUCAUGUUGUUGUGAUCAAUUCUAGACACAUUGCUGCAAAAGAUAAUAGUCGGUAUUGGAAACGGUUCUUAUACACUACACAUACAAGGUUCCCUGUGAAUCGUGUUGAAGAAACAAUGGAGGAAGUUCACAGGCGUGAUCCUACUGAGGUUAUUCGUUUAGAAAUUAAAGCCGUCUUACGAAAUAAUGAAUCCCGUAAAUAUCAAUUAUCUCGUCUUCAUAUAUACCCUGAUAAUAUUGAAGUAUUGAUUAGUAAUUGAAAAUUAGUUACUGAAUUUAGACUAUUCCCAAGGACAUUAUUGC